AUGCCCGAUGCACUUGGGACUUCAGGCAACUUGUUUAUCUGCGGUAUUGUCGCCAUCCCGAAGGAGAACCCGCCGGCCGUAGCGGUUUUGCAGCGCCCUCUCAGCAAGGGCAACGGCAGCGCUGCGGCCUCUCCAGUUACUUCGCCAGUGCUGCUGGGAGAGGGCGCCAAGGAGGAUCAAGCUAGCCGCUGCGAUUGUUUAGAGGAAGAGCUCACCAAGGCAAUGGAUGCUGCCGAAAGGAUGGGCGGGCUUGACGAAUCAGCACUUGAAUCGGACGAAGCAAUCGAGGAAGCGAGGAGAGCGAUGGCCGAGGACGACGAGGACGAGGAUUAUGAUGAUACCAGUGACAUCUUCUCCAAGGUAUCUGGGGAAGGGCCACUGGCCUCACUUGAGAAGAAGCGCUUGCAGCAGGCUGUUGGUUCUGGGCUUCUCAAGCCCGAUCGCGCUCAGGCGAAAGCUGAUGAAUGGAUCGCCGACGACGAGAAUGAAGUCAGAAGUAUUCACCACCCUGGAGAUAUCAUGAUUGAGGCCACGCUCAACAUGAAAGAAGUCAUGGGCACCAAUGACGACAACGAUGACAACGACGACGCAAACGGCGGCGACAACACUGGCAUUCAGCAGGAACAACACGGUCAUCCACAUACAGAUGGUCCGUGUGCCCACGUUGAUCUUAGAGAUGAUUAUUUGAAGGCGGCCGUGGAGGACCUCGCACCGACGUGGAGAGAUCCGGUGGUCAUGACCCUCGACGCCCUCAGAAGAAGGAAGGUGGCCGCAGAACCUGGUGAAGGGAAUAUCCCAGUGGGUUACGGUGGAAUUCUUUCCUUUGUCGAGGUGAACCACGAAGGCGGCCCGAUGAUAAAGAUUGUUUCAUGGGCAAAUGUAAGCGAGAUGCGUGGGUGGUAA